UCGGCCCAUAUUGUCUGGCCAGCCCUAAGAGCUGUUGAUUGUAAUGAGCAUGCCCGUCGACAUCAUUCCAGUUUCGAAACAAGUACUUCUUUGCUUGACGUUGUAUUCCAAAGAUCACAUGCGCUGAGAUUAAAAAAAUUCGUUGUCGCCAUCUUCUUUGAGGUCCAUGCUGCCUUUGACGGUGGCAAGAGAGGCUGUAGAAUAUGGUCUGGUGCGAUGCUCCAGGCUGAAAGUCCUAAUCCUGAAGGGUUUUGUAGCAGUUAUAGCUUGCUUCUUCAUGUAAACAGUGAUUCUGAGAAUGAGGCACAUUUUAUGGCAGUCGCGGUUGUAUCUUCAAUGGGACUGGCACAAAACGCUGUAUCCGGAGUCUUUGGAGAGAGGGAAUACUUCCUCUACAACAUGCCGCUUCCCAAACCCUCUGACAUCAAAAGCUCCUGGAACGGGUCUUUUAAGCCCUACUUUUACGGUUUCGACAUCACCGAGUCGGUGGCGAUCGCGUCAGCCCUAGGAAUUAUCACCAAUUGGAAACAGUACCAGUCCAAGACUGUCAGCGACAGCUACAACUCUCUGAUUGUAUUGUCUGCAAAUCGAGCGGAGAACGGAGAGGUCUGGAACCGGGCAAUCGAGACAGCUUGCGGAAGGAAAGUGGCUCAGAGGCACAGAGCAGUCACUUUCUCUGUGCAGGACAAGAGCGGUCCUGUGCAGGUGGAGUCGACAAUAUGCUCGUUGAAGGACAUCGACACUGGAUCAGCGCAGUCCCCAUUACGCGAGCGUGCACACUAG